ACUGUCGCCCUGUACCGGCGCAUGUGUAUAUAACGUGCUCCCUGUGCCCAAGACUGCAGCACACAGACAAGGCACCACUCCAUCUGGCGUUCGGACGGGAGGAGAGGAACCAAAGUUUGCUGCUGGAGAUGGGGCGUCGGGCCAAGCUCUCCUCGCCUCCUGCUGUGCCAGACGGAGCUUCUUCCUCGACCAUGCAGGCCGCCAAGAAGGUGCCCACACUGAACACGGCGUACAAUGCCGGGCUGCUCCAUUCCAUCGCCGGAGAAUGGAAUCCAAACAUCAAAGGUGUGUUUUCCGGGGUAGGGAUGGAAGAAAUGUGCAAGAUAAAGGAUAUGGGGAACAACAACCGUAUCUUUAGCAUCUCCCUCUUAGCGAGGAUCGAUCCCAAAACCAUGAAGAUGGACAUGGGAGAUGGAAAUUACAUUGAGGUGAACUCUAGGGAGGUAGCAAAGUGCUUAGGGUUGAAUCCAUGUGGUAGGAAGAUAGAUAUCCCGGGCGGCGCUUGCUUAGCAGACCGAGAACGGUUGCUAGAGAACUUGCAUGCGAUCUUAGAGACAAACAUGGCUCGCACUUGUAAGAUUCUUGUGGUUAGAGUUAAGAAAAUCAUCCAGAACGCAAGCAAGGUGGCCAUAGUAGGAGCAGAGAAAGAAAAGAUGAUGGUGGCGUGUACAAUCAUGGCCGCGUCCUCGUUUCUCCUACCUAGGGGAGCACACCCAAAAAUUUCCAAUGAACUGCUGCCCGUUCUACCUGAGCCAAAUCAAAUCUCCUACUAUGAUUUCUGCGACUACGUCGUGGAGGGUCUAAGAGAGGGUGCGGCCAAGCUAAGGGAAGAUCUACUACAUGAGCCAGCUCAGCUUAGUCUGCAGGGGUGCCUUGUUGUCCCACAGGCUGCGGAUGUUCCCAGAUCACCGGCAUUUAAUGUCGCUUCUGCUAGCCCGGCUCAAGCCCAAGCCUAG